CUAAACUGUCAAUUCUUCAGUUCUGUCAACAAAACUCAAAAGUUGCAAAACACUGGUGGAUCGAUUAAAAUAAUGUUUUAAUUUCAAGUAUUAAUUAGGGAAAACAUCAACACAGGCAUCACAAUGUUGCUUAAACGGAAUUUACUGGAAUGCACAACAAUUUUAUCAUGUGCCGGAACAUUUAUCUGUAUUCUGCUAAACUAUAUUACAAAUAUUUCACCUAUAACUGGAAUAUGGUUUCCUCUUUACGUUAUAACUUUAUUUAUAGUAUCACUGUGUGUAAGUUUUAAGUUUAUUCAGUGGUUAUUACGUUUGAAUAAGCCGAUAAAGUAUGAUUUUGAUGGAAUUGCGGCUGAUUAUCCUUAUUUGUCGUCGUUGUCUAAACUGCUACCUAAGCCUAGGAAAGCAGUGUCUGAGAUUCGAGAGUAUGAUACGAAUGAGUUAAGCGUGAUCUCGACAGUGCUGGAAAGGAAGCUGGUGUCGUCCUGGUACGUGCCAUACAUCUCGCAAGAGAUCGGGUUUCCAUUUGCUUGCAAACAAAUGCUGGAUCAAAUGAUUGGCAAAAGCUUUCAGAUAUGCAACAAGAUAGAAACCAAAGAUAUCUUCGUAGAUAUAACCACCGUUUUAUCAAGCCACUUAAAAGAAUAUCAGAAAGCUUUGAAACGCCACGAGAAAACACCAGAUAGUACCAUAGAAGCUCUCUAUAAAAAGACUCAUCGCAUAUUCGACGGAAGCAACAAAAUCCAGCCAGCUGACCAUUGCACAAACAUUCUACGCGUUAUUUUCAAAGAAUUAGUACCAUGGGAAUUAUGGGACACACCACAUUCUGAAUUGCUAGUCCGCAUUCUAUCAAAAAAACUGAGCACCUUCAUUGACACUACAUUAGCCGAACCUGCAUGGUUGAAUGAAAAACUACUGACAAUUAUGAAAGGGAAACAAGACGUCAUAGUAACCGAAGAGAAAAAAGAGCCAAUAAAACCGGAACCAAGUGUUACCGAAAUGAAAAAAGAACCAAUAAAUGUAGAGAAAGAAAUACCAGUAGUGGUUUCCAAGUCUACAGUAACUGUGCCACAAUGGGUCCCUGAUAUUGUGAAGGAGAAGAUGGAAGUGGAAAAAAUUGAGAACAUAGUUGAAGAAGUGCCGGUGACCAGUUCUGAACCUGUUGAUAUAAAGGCUUCUCCAAUUUUGAGGCAGCGAAGGGGCAGGCAGGGCAGGAAUGAGGUCAAGAUUUAUGAUAGGAUUAUUGAAGGUAGUGUAAAAACAUGGGAGACAGACAUAGACCUGCAGUGUAUCAGCCUCGGGCAGGACCUGCUAGCGAGUCUGGAUGGCGAGAUCACACUGAGCCGGCUCUGGGGGCAAGACGCCGACACUGAGGGCAGCCCUAACCCACCACGAAGCAAGUCGCCGCAACCACUCUGGUUUGGUGAAGAAGAAACAAUAGAGGUAGACCCUCUAGAUGCAAACUCAAUCAAAGAAAGCAAGAAGGAACAGAGUCCAAAGCCGGCAGAUGCGUUACUGAAGGACCUGCAGUCUACCGUGAGGGAAGCAAAGACCAAGAUUGGGGAUCUACAGGUGGACAACAAAGUUGGCUUAGAUGUGCCCUGCAAGCAAAACUCCAGUGAUGAGGCAGCUGGCAUGAUGGAAGGUCUCCUGGACUUCGGCAUAGCUGGUCUGAAGAAGGGACUUCGUUUCACUGGCCUCAGCGACGAUUCGGACAAGUCUCCAUCACACCACCGUGAGCGUCCUACCGACAAGUCUCCCCCUCCGGAGACACGCAGCAAGAAUAUUGCAGAACAUAAGGAAACCGGCAAUGGACAGAGAGAUGAGAACAACGUGCCUCCUUUAGUGAAACAGCACCGAGUUACUUCACAGGACAGCAUGCCGUCCCAGCCCCGUCCGGUGCCCCUGGCGGAGCUGCCCUUGGCGCCAGUCCCCGACUCCCCCGAGCCGGAGUACGAGGAGGCGGCGGACCUCUCCACCAGCAUCGCCAAGCUGCGCUGUCUGCUGCAACAGCGAGCUGAGACAAGCCCCAAGGCGGAGGAGGUGUGGUGGGAGAGUGCGGCGGAGACCCGCGGGCGCGCCCAGCGACCCUCCGCGCACUCCGCGCGACAUGUCGACACCGCCACGCUCGCAGACGAGUACGACAUGAACUUGGAACGCAACGCGUCGCCGGGACAGACAUCCAACAACAUGCAGCGACUUGACAAGUUGUUCCAGCGCACAGUGACGGGAGUGUUCAACUCUAUAAAGACUGCAGUUGGCGCGGAAGAUGACCAGCCCGCCCCCCGCGCCCCCAGAGACUGGACAUACGUCUGCACCGCUAUAGACCUUAACGUGAGCGGUGCCGUGUCCCGCCUGGUGGGGUCGCGGCGCGCCUUCUCCCACGUGGAGGCUGCGCUGGACUCGUUGGACCAGCUCGCACCAAGGGACCCGCCCAGACCACACACUCCUGACGACUUUGAGGAGUGGUGCGCGUGUAGCGGCGCGCGGUGGAGCGGCGCGUGCGCAGUGCUGGCGGCGGGUGGGCUGGCGCGGGCACACGUCGCGCACAGACUCGCCGCGCUACUGCUCGCAGAUUUAGGAGAAUCUCUCUUAGAAGCAUGGCUAGCAGACCUAGCUACGUGGCUCCGGAAACAGGUGUUCGUGGUCUUCGAGCAGCUCUCGGAGAAAGAAGCUGACUUCUUCCCGGACAGUCCGCCCAGGGACCUCAAUAUAGAUGAGACUUGCACCGCUUUGUUGGAGAAUACACCAGCUCUACUGUACGUGUUUGGAGAGGAGACGGUGUCCCAGGCGAUAAGACUGGUUGUGACCAGCUUCACACAUAAAGAGGUCAACAUGGAUGUCAUUUUCAGGACUUUGGACCUUUUCGCCGGACACUUCAAGAAGUCGGCCGGUCUCAGAAACCCUUCGUUUGAUAACAAUUAG